CAUUUCGCUUUAUUAAAGCAACCGGAUCAUCAGGUUAGUUAUUCAUUACCAGGAGCUACAAAGUUUGCAGAUAUUCACUUUGUAGAGAAGUACAUUUAAAGAGGAUAAGGCAGCAAGGAAGAAAAAUAAGGAGAGUCUUCUAUAGGGUUUCUUUAUUUUCUGUUGCUUGGACCCCAACAGGACCAAAUCUUUCUGUCCUAUCAGAAGAGGAAGUGAAAAAUUCCCCAGGUAUGAACAGUGUCACUUCAGUGCUCAGAUUUCAGUUCAACCUAUAGAGGUGAAAGGCAAAGAGGAAUCUCUUGGUGAAGAGUAGCAGUGAAUGGAGAACUGUCACUAGCAAGAUUUCUUGCCCUUUCUGUUGUAAAAGGGAUACUAUGGAAACAAAUCUGGAAAAAGUAUUUAAUGAACAAGACAGAUUUAAAAUAUUUGUGGAUUUCUAGAGCAAUGUAAAAAUAGGUGCAAAGAAGCUUGGGACAGCAUGGGAAACUGCUGUCAGAAGAGCUGUGCUUGUCUGCAGCCCUAUGUACCCUGGCUUUUUGAGGCAUGUAACUGUGGACUAGGAGAAAAGGAUGGCGAAAAGGACGUGCAAGUGCUAGAGCCUCCUGUCAUAAGUGGACCACAAGGUAUUGAAGGAUUCAGUAUGCCUCCUCUUCCUCUACAAGACCAGACUCGCACAUUUGUAGCCUUGUUUGAUUACCAAGCCCGUACAGAAGACGAUCUGACCUUCCGAGCUGGAGAUAAGCUUGAAGUGUUAGAUACAUCUCAAGAGAGCUGGUGGGUUGCAAGGCUACUGGAAGAGAAUGGAUAUUCUAGGCCUGGACGAAAACGGCAAGGCUACAUCCCAGCUAAUCAUGUUGCUCCUUCCCAGAGCAUUGAAGCUGAACCAUGGUAUUUUGGAGAUGUUUCACGAGCAGAUGCUGAGAGACAACUGCUCUGUCCCAAUAACCAGGAAGGUGCUUUCCUAAUCAGAAAAAGUGAAAGCCAAAGGAGUGAAUUCUCCCUUUCAGUGCGGGAUGAUAAGAUUGUGAAGCACUACCAAAUCAAGCAACUGGAAGAUGGCAGCUUUUUUGUGACCAGAAGGAAAACUUUUCACAGUUUGAAUGAUCUUGUCAGACACUAUAGUACUUCCAGUGAUGGAUUGUGCGUGAAACUUGGGAAUCCAUGUAUAAAGAGAAAUGCACCUGAACUUUAUGAUCUGUCAUACCAGACUGUUGAUCAGUGGGAGAUAGAUCGAAACUCCCUGCAGCUCUUGAAGAAAUUGGGCUCUGGUCAGUUUGGUGAAGUCUGGGAAGGUUUGUGGAAUAAUACCACACCCGUGGCUGUUAAAACAUUAAAACCAGGUUCAAUGGAUCCGAAGGACUUCCUGAGGGAAGCACAGAUAAUGAAAAAUUUGAGACACGCAAAACUGAUACAACUCUAUGCAGUUUGCACUCUAGAGGAUCCUAUUUAUAUUAUUACUGAACUGAUGAGACAUGGAAGUCUGCUAGAAUAUCUCCAAAAUGAUGGAGGUUGUAUGAUCCACUUGCCGCAACAGGUUGACAUGGCAGCUCAAGUUGCUUCAGGAAUGGCAUAUCUUGAAUCUCAGAACUAUAUCCAUCGUGAUUUGGCAGCCAGAAAUGUUCUUGUUGGUGAUCACAGUGUUUACAAAGUGGCAGAUUUUGGACUUGCACGUGUUUUCCAGGUAGAAAAUGAAAAUGUAUAUGAAGCCAAACAUGAAACAAAACUGCCAGUGAAAUGGACAGCCCCCGAAGCAAUCCGUUCCAGUAGGUUUAGCAUUAAAUCUGAUGUCUGGUCAUUUGGAAUACUCCUUUAUGAAAUAAUGACAUAUGGAAAGAUGCCUUAUACAGGUUGGGUGGGCUAUCAAGUACUCCAGAACCUGGAUCAAGGGUACAGACUCCCUCAGCCAAAUAACUGUCCUCAAAAUCUGUAUGACAUCAUGUUUGAAUGCUGGAAUGCUGACCCCAAAGAAAGACCAUCCUUUGAAACAUUGCACUCAAAACUCGAGGAUUAUUAUAUAAUGGAUUCUACAUCUGAUGUAGCUGCAAAUUCUUUUAUACACUGAACAACAGUUUUAAAAUGACAACCAUUUCAAAUGAUUCUUUUAAAAAAAGUUUUCCUUUAUCUUUUCAUGUAACUGUAGAAUAUAUAUAGAUAUACACUUCCUUCAUGUGUUUAUAUAUUUCUAGCAUCUUCACAAUUGACUUUAUGGAUUUGAAGAAGCACCUUCUUAUCUAUAAAUUGGAUUAUUGUGUGCCUUUGAGUCAAAUUCAAAUCCCUGACAUGGCAGCCCUAUCAUAGGGUUUUCUUGGCAAGGUUUGUUUGUGGGGAGCAGAAGUUGGGACCCCAUUUCUCUGAGCCUGAGAGAGAGUGUGACUCGCCCAAGCCAUAUUCAACACUCAAGCAUUUGAGUAAAGUUGUGAAAAUUGCAAUUUCAUUUUUUUGUUGUUUCUCUAAACUCUCUGUGCAUUUUCCCUAACCCCCUUGUUUUGUAUCAGCUUGCAAGAUUUGUCCUUUUUUCUUUCCACUUUGAAAUUCAUAUUUAUUGUAACUUGUUUUUUUUUCAAAAAAGAAAAAAGGUCAUAUGUCUUAGCGGAAGCAUUUUUCCAUACUGACUACUGCUCCCCACACCCUAGUGUUUAGGGUUCAUAUUGUUUUGAGUUGCUUUAUUUUUCCGAACCACCUUGGGAAACCUGAUAUGUGAAUUCAUGAGGCAUAUCCUGAGACUUCUUGCAACAAGUCUCAGGAGAUGCUGAAAUGCCUUUUUCACGGAGAGUCAAAUCCAAUGAAAUUCUUUUCCAUCCCCAUCUAUGAGGACUGUUCAUUUGUUAGGUUGUCACUGGCUAAGGCUGCUACUUCUCUCCAGUUUUCACUGAAGUGUGAGAUCAGACUUUUAAACCAAAUGAAUCUAGAAGUUAAAGUACGGAUGUUCUUGAAGAACAUGCACUUACUCAAACCUCUGUCAAUAUGCCAUGAUCUUGAUGGCUAUAGACUGUCUUAUAUGUUUAAGUAAAUAAGAUUUUAAUAUCUUUUGCUGAACAAUGAAGAUAUUUUUAUAUGUAUUAUUUAAGCAUUGAAAGAACACAAAUCACCAACAGACACCUGCUGCAUAAUAAGCAUUCCUAAAUUGUACUUUUUAUGGUUAUAUUUAAUUAUUUGUUACUCUCAGAUUCCACUGCUUAUCUGCUAAGAUCCAUCAGUCAGUUGUUAUGAAGAAAUUUGAUUGCUGUUGUGCACAGCAGGACCUGUGCACAUUUUCCAUCCAUUUCUCCUUGUGUUUCUCUCAGUGCCCUUCGGCUACCAUUUUGGCAAUGCUGCAUGAAAUGACUUUGUACACAGAAUGAAAAUAUAUUCAUUUCAAACAA